GUUCAAUGGAAGAUUUUCAAAAUACCUCUCCCUCUCAAAAAGACCAAAUUGGUACACAAGAAAAUGCUGAGCUUCAUAAAGCUCAAAUUAAAGCUACAAGGAUGAAUGGAUAUUGCAUUGCGUAUCAUAUUUUUACUCUUGGGCUGCUACUACUAUGUUCGAGUCUCUCAGGCUCGGGUGAUUGAGGUCUCCGUACUCAUAAGCUCCUCAACAUGGCCGCUUGAGUAAAAGUAGGAGCAGUAAUUCAUUACCUAUUCAAGAAUCGCUGUAUUAAAAAUAAAUCUCUGGGGACUACCACUAUCAAUACAUUAUCCUGGGCGUAUCAUAUUGGUUCAUCAACCUGGUAUUGGACCAUAUUAGAGAGAUUCUUGGCCUCAAGGAACGAAUGAUUAUACUCAAAUAGACUCCUAUGGACAGGGCACACUAUGCUUGUUGCUGAAGCAAUAAUCGUUGCUUUCUGGGCAGGUGCGUACCUCUUUAAAACUUUCAUUACUCUUGUUGAUGAAUCGACUGAAAAUGCCACGAAUCAGGCGAAUUCAAAAUCUAAGAAUGAGUAUCUUGCUAAUGAGCUGUUCAAACUAAAGAAUUUCAUAUCAAGCCAUUUCAAAGAUACUUGUGGGCUAUGUCAUAAGCCACUAGAGCCAGACCAGAUGGUAAUGAUGUUACCAUGAGACCAUGCCCACAUAAUUCACUACUCUUGAGAUGCCACGUCAACAAACCAAAGUCAGAACUGUCCAUAUUGUAAAGGCUCAGAAAAUAAUGAAAAGACUCAGAACAUCAAGAUAUUGCCAUUUGCAGAGAUCCUGGCUAAGAAAUAUGAGAAAAUCGAAGAAGAUCGCAAAGCCUUGAAAGAAAGGAAGAAGAGAAAAUAUUCAUAUACCGACUUUUAAUUUGUGUCACCUAAUUAUAUCAAUUUCAAUG